AUGUCUAGCGGUCAGUUGAACUCCUCGAUGAAGAAUGAUCUAACUCUGAAGAUGAUAAUUGAUAAAGUUAAUCUGAUUUUAAACAAAAUUCCGUCUCUACUCCUGUACCCUGCUCUUCCCUACAUUCUGUGUCCCAUCAGGGCCUUACGUGUCGGCGACGAUGAGAACUCUGUGUUUGAAGACGGUUUUCUAAACAACAACAAUGCUCUUUGCUCAGAUAAUAUUGUUGUGAAAUCAGCCAAGGAGAACCAGGUAUCAAGUUCUCCAGCCUCCGCCUUUCAAUCAACUAAUGAUCAUGAAGCACAAUACCCUGCUGUUACUACUCUCCCCUUGUCCCAAAUAUCGUCCAUCUGGGCAAUUAAAGAUGUAUCCCGAAACUAUCAAGAUGUUCAUCAAAGUCAAUUCUUUCCUUUCAAUCCCAACUCCUACCCUGUUCCCUGUUCAAACUCCAACCCUACUCUCUUUUCAAAUUCCUACCCUGCUCCCUGUUCAAACUCCAACCCCGCUCCCUAUUUUUACGCCAACCCUGCUCCAUAUUCCGAUUCCAACCCCGCUCACUAUUCCAAUUCCAACCCUUCUACUACCUAUUCCAACUCCAACUCUAACUUUACUCCCUAUUCCAUUUCCAACUGUGCUCCCCAUUCUAACUCCAACUGUGCUCCCCUAUCUAAUUCCAACCUAGCUUCCAAUUCCAACUCUAUCCUUGCUCCCUAUUCCAACUUCAACUCUGCUCCCCAUUCUAACUGCAACUUUGCUUCCUAUUCCAACUCCAACCCUGCUUCUU